AUGGUGAUCUUCAACGGGCAGCUGAAGAUCAAGAUCUGCGAGGCUCUGGAGCUCAAACCGACGGCUUGGUCCCUGCGUCACGCCGUCGGCCCCAAGACCCAGACCUUCCUCCUGGACACGUACAUCGCCCUGAACGUGGACGACUCCCGUGUGGGCCAGACCUCCACCAAGCAGAAGACCAACAGCCCCACGUGGAACGACGAGUUCACCACGGAGGUCCACGACGGCCGCAGGAUCGAGCUGUCCGUCUUCCACGACGCGCCGAUCGGCUACGACGACUUCGUGGCCAACUGCAUCAUCCAGUUCGAGGACAUCCUGCACAACGGCAGCAAGCACUUCGAGGACUGGAUUGACCUGGAGCCGGAGGGGAAGGUGUACGUCAUUAUUGACCUAUCAGGAUCUUCCAGUGAAGCUGCCCCGGGCUCCCCUGAGAAUGAGGAGCGAGUGUUUCGGCAGCGGAUGCGUCCCAGGAAGCGUCAGGGCGCCGUCCGCCGGAGGGUCCACCAGGUCAACGGACACAAGUUCAUGGCCACCUACCUGAGGCAGCCCACCUACUGCUCCCACUGCCGGGACUUCAUCUGGGGCGUUUUAGGAAAGCAGGGCUACCAGUGUCAAGUGUGUACAUGUGUGGUCCAUAAGCGCUGCCAUGAGCUGAUCAUUACCAAGUGUGCGGGGAUGAAGAAGCAGGAGGACACAGUGGAGGAACCGGUCGGAUCUCAGAGGUUCAGUGUCAACGUGCCGCACAUGUUCAGCAUCCACAGCUUUAAGGUUCUGACCUUCUGCGACCACUGCGGGUCUCUGCUGUGGGGUCUGCUGCGGCAGGGCCUCCAGUGUAAAGUGUGUAAAGUGAAUGUGCACAGGCGCUGCGAAAGCAACGUCGCUCCAAACUGCGGCGUCGACGCCAGAGGAAUCGCUAAAGUCCUCUCUGACCUCGGAGUCACACCAGACAAGAUCUUCAACAGCGCCCAGAGACGGAAAAAGUUUCCUCAGGGUCAGGACCCCCAGCAGCCGAUAUCAGGGACAACCAAGGCAGAAGACGAUCGCUCAAAGUCCGCCCCGACCUCACCAUGUGACCAGGAUGCGAAGGAGCUGGAGAAUAUCCGGAAGGUUCUGUCGUUUGACCACCGCGGGGAGGAGCACCCGGCGCUCCCCCUCUCCGCUGCCUCGUCUGAUUCUACGGUGACGGGAGACACUGAUACAGGUGGAGGAGGAGGAGGAGGAGGUGAUGGAGGCAGCGUCGGCGUGAAGGGAGACGGAAGUCAGGAGAACGGAGAGGUCAAAGGUCACAUCGUUCCUGAGAUGAAGAGGAUGAACCUGCACGACUUCCUCUUCAUCAAAGUCCUGGGGAAGGGAAGCUUCGGAAAGGUGAUGCUGGCGGAGCUGAAAGGCAGCGACGAGGUUUACGCCGUCAAGGUGCUGAAGAAAGACGUGAUCCUGCAGGACGACGACGUGGACUGCACCCUGACGGAGAAACGGAUCCUGGCCCUCGCCAGAAAACACCCGUACCUGACACAGCUGUUCUGCUGCUUCCAGACUAAAGACCGGCUGUUCUUCGUGAUGGAGUACGUGAACGGAGGCGACCUGAUGUUUCAGAUUCAGCGUUCGCGGAAGUUCGACGAGGCGCGAUCUCGUUUUUACGCGGCCGAGGUCACGUCGGCUCUGAUGUUCCUGCACCGGCACGGAGUCAUAUACAGAGACCUGAAGCUGGACAACAUCCUGCUGGACGCCGAGGGCCACUGUAAGCUGGCAGACUUUGGGAUGUGCAAAGAGGGAAUCCUCAACGGAGUCACCACCACCACCUUCUGUGGGACACCUGAUUACAUCGCACCUGAGAUCCUCCAGGAGCUGGAUUAUGGCCCGUCAGUGGACUGGUGGGCUCUGGGGGUCCUGAUGUACGAGAUGAUGGCAGGCCAGCCGCCAUUUGAAGCCGAUAACGAAGACGAUCUUUUCGAGUCCAUCCUCCACGACGACGUCCUCUAUCCGGUCUGGCUUAGCAAGGAGGCUGUGUCCAUUCUUAAAGCGUUCAUGACUAAGAGUCCUAACAAGCGUCUGGGCUGCGUGGUGGCUCAGGGUCUGGAGGAGGCCAUUAAGCUCCAUCCUUUCUUCAGAGAGAUCGACUGGACGCUGCUGGAGCAGAGGAAAGUCAGACCUCCAUUCAAACCACGCAUUAAAACCAAAAGGGACGUGAAUAACUUUGACCAGGACUUCACGCGUGAAGAGCCCGUCCUGACGCCGACGGACAGCAGCAUCAUCAAGCAGAUCAACCAAGACGAGUUCAAAGGAUUCUCCUACUUCGGAGACGAGGCGGCGGCCUAGACGCGCGCUCGCACUGACACGCAUAUACAUACGAUUAGCAACACGCGUACGCGCCUCCAUCGCCACAACCGAGUGAAGACACAGUAUUUAAAAAGACAGACUGAACUCUUCCAGAUUCUGCCCACUCCAGGAAUUAUACUAGACCGUCUGUAUCUCUCUUUAAGGUUUUCUGUGCUCUUGAUGUUUGUCCAUCUGUGCAUAUCCCAUCAAACUCCACGCCGCGAGCAGCAUGUACGUGCAGGUCAGCGACUGUGAGGAACGACACAAAGCUUCUUCUCAACUCGGUCUGGAUGCAUUUCUGAUGCAGGCGGGCAAAAACCAAACUCUGUGUUUCAGAAGCGAAAUAGAUGCAUGGGUGUGUGAGUGUGUGUGUGUGUGUGUGUGUGUGUGUGUUACAAAGAGAGAUAAUGUGUGUACAAGUGUGCAUGCAUGUGUUAGCUGCAUACCUCUAGAAAGAGUAAGACUGUCAUUUCUGUUUCAUGAUCGUGUCGUAUCCCGUGUCCGUCUCUGUGUUUUAAAGAAUGUUUUUCUUCCCUAAACAUGUAUGUGAAUGGAAAACAAAACAAAACAAAAAAAAUACUGAACCAAUGAUUGUAUUUAAAGAAAAAGAAAAUGGUCUUCAAAAGUACUUCAUUAUAUAUAUAUAAAAAGAAAGAAAGAGAUGUCGUAAAAAGGAGAUCGUGGUGAUAUAUGGUGACUUUAGAAGUUUUGUCAGUGCUUGAUUUUAAAAAUUCAAGAGUCAAAUUAAAUAUGAACUGAAAGAUGAACCACAAAAGUGACUGUCUGGCAUUCUGAAGUUUAGUUUAGUUUUAUCUCAGCAGUUCUUUUCUGAUUGCAAAAGAGAACGCCGUGCUGUUUUUACUUCUCCUUCCAUAUUCAAGCUUUUUUGUUUAGUUCCUGCUCUUCCUUGAAAAAAAA